CACGCAUGUACUCGUAGGAAGGCAACUUUUACAAUAGUCUCUUGACCUGUCGAUCGUGAUCCAUAAAUAUUCGCUAUUUCGUCCGCCUAAGAAAAAAGAAUGAGUCACAGAAAAGACGUUUAUAUUGAAAAGUUGGGUUUGAUUCCCCUUUCUGAAGAGGGAGGCUUCUUUGUGGAAACCUAUCGAUCCCCUGAGAUGAUUAAAGACCAAGAGGGAACAGAGAGGAACUUGUUUACAACUAUUUAUUACCUUAUGACUUCUGAACUUGGAGGCAAAAACUAUCCUCACCGAAAUAAAAGUGACAUAACACAUUUUUUCCACGACGGAUGGCCGGCCAAAUAUACUGUUAUGACACCAGAGGGAAAAGUUGAAGAGUUUAUCUUGGGUAACGACGUUUUGAAAGGCCAUGUUCCUCGCCUGACUGUACCUGGUGGCUGUUUGAAAGCGGCCAAAAUUUUGCUUGAUGAAUCGCGCCAAUACGAAAAGUUUCCCGAUGAGAUACCUUUCUCUUUGAUAUCAGAGAAGAUGUCGCCAGGAUUUGAUUACAAAGAUCGUGAAGUGUUGGCUGUUUCUGAGGUCAAGUCUUUGCCGGAGGUUCUACGGCCAAUUUUUGAGGAAUACUGCGCACCCGAUAAUGAAAAUUAACCUUUUUGAAGUUCUGUUUGGUUUUAGCACUGAUCGUCAGAGUCUGUGGAAACCUCUCAGCUUUCGUUACACGCAAGUGUGUGGUAAAGAAAUAAAUUUUUUCGGA